UUUUUCUUCCUGUUGUGCAGCUCUCGGAAUCCUCCUCCUCCUGUUCCUCCAUCCAUUCCAUGGACACAUCCUCCUCGGGGCUGUCAUCUUUAACCAACAUAAUCUCGUCCCCUCCCUUCUUGUCCUCCAACCCCAAGAUCCACAAGCGUUCCAUCUCUGUGACAUCCAUUACCUCAACUGUGCUGCCCCCUGUUUACAACCAGCAGAACGAGGACACCUGCAUCAUCCGAAUCAGCGUGGAAGACAACAAUGGCAAUAUGUACAAGAGCAUCAUGCUAACCAGCCAAGAUAAAACUCCUGCUGUCAUCCAGCGAGCUAUGUCAAAGCACAACCUGGAAUCUGACGCAGCCGAGGAGUACGAGCUGGUCCAGGUCAUCUCUGAGGACAAAGAGCUCGUGAUCCCAGACAGCGCCAACGUGUUCUACGCCAUGAACAGCCAGGUGAACUUCGACUUCAUACUGAGGAAAAAAGCUGCCGCUGACGGGCAGGUGAAAAUGAGGAGCAGAUCCAGCCUGACGCUCCCCAGAACUGCCAAACGGGGCUGCUGGAGUAACAGGAACAGCAAAAUCACGCUGUGAGGUGGAUGCGGCGGCUCUGAGGUGAACUGCUUGAGAACCGAACCUUCGCUACCAUCCAGUAUUACGGAAUCACAGCAGGUGAACGUGUCAGUAUUCAACGUUGAAAAUAUUGGAGACAAAUGCAAAGUGAGCAUUUGGCCAAUGUCCAGGCAGAGGUGUGUCUCUUCACCUGCAGCUGGACAGACACGGAUUUACAGGACAGGCCGGACUAGGAUUAUUUUGUUUUGCACAUUAGCCUAGGAAGGUGAGAAACCCCACCUAGAGGGGAAAAAAAGGACUGCAAUGUUUGUACUCAGAACACCACGUAAGCCUACUUCUUGUGUGAGAAAACCUUUUCUUUGUGCCAGUAUUACACACAAUGAGAAUACCUAAAUUUAUUUUUAUAAAACUGGAGAAGGAAAGCCACAGGCCUGUUCUGUCAGAAGGGAGCAGGAGCCCCCCAGCCCGCAGCAGCUCAAGGAGAGUGGGCACACCGAGCGCACCCAUGGCAAGGCACUGUGGGUACAGCCCCAAAACGCUCAUCUCUGGAGAAGGAAGAAGCAGCUGCACACUGCUGGCAGCCUUCUUUUUGCACUUGUUCAAAGCCAGAAAAUGACCUAUUUUGGGAUUAUUUUUUCCAAAGAACAUUAAAAGAGAGGACUGUGCUUGCUUUCACAUGAAUGUCAUGAUUUGUUCAUGAGCAAGGCACUCAACACUACGUCUGGACUUCAGUGCCACUGCCACCUGCUUCUCCUUUUGCUUUGCUAACCCACUCAACAGAAGUCGAUGCCUCUGCGUGCACUCUGAUAUGACUGAUGUACCUCUUUGUAAUGUGCAAUCAAUAUUCAGGAGCAGAACUUUCCCCACAUUACUCCACCUUUUUCAUUCUAUGGGAGGCAACUACAUUACCUUCUAUCUUAAAAGUGGGUGUGGGCAGGAAAUAGCCCCAUUUCUAGCAUUACCCCCAAACAAACAGAUUUUAUAUCCUUGUAGCAUUAUUAUGCAUAAUCUCCAGCCACUGCCCUUGCUCUUUGUAUACACCUAUAAAUGAAUUUCCUGACAUGGUACAUGCUUUCAGCUGGAAUAAAGAAUUUAACCACCUGUUCUCCAUGAAUGCACGCCUGGAGUGUCUUCCCAGGUCCAGGCUUCCUUGAAAGCAGGGAGGUUUGAUUUUAUAAAGCCAUAGAUGAGACUGGGGACUGUAAACAGCCCUUACUGAACAGACAGCCUUUGAGAUACCUUAGUGUUAGUUACAAUAAACUCAGAUACUGAAUUUUACACACGCCUGGGGCUGUUCUUCUACCCAUUCUGCAGCUGCCAUGUCCAAACUGGGCUCAGAGUGCAUCAGCAGUCUGUGAUAAAUGCAUGACAUAAGCAGCAGUGCAUGUGCCUUUUGGCACACUGCCUUCAAGAGGCACCACCCGGGGCCCAUUCUGUGUAAAAACUAAAACUGGACUUUGGUGAGCGAGAGAGGACUGAGUUUGUAACCAACCCUUCACACGUGCCAAGGGUUAGCACAAGUUUACAGCAGAAGUGGUUUUCUUUGCAUUUCAGUGUAAGAGUGCACUGAUAUCUGCACAGCAUCCUUUGUAAACUGCAGUGUUGCUAACUCCACCAUUGCAUGCCUGUAUUAAGCUGAAAGGAAAACGGUCUUGACCUCAAAAUGACCCCUCCUCAGAACAUUAUAUAUAAAGAUUUUUUUUAACUGCUUACCUGUAAUCUUUAUACAAUAAGCAUAUAAAUAUUUUUUUUUCACAGA